AUGUCAUACCCCCCCUCAAAUAUCCCUGGCGCUUACCAGUUCGCCCCCAAUGGCGUAGUAGCUGGGGGAGAUGGAACUGUAGCUGGUGCUCCCGUUACGACCGCAACUGCCACAGCUAACCCCUCGUUCACCAAUGUGGUAGGAUACUCUUCUGAUCAUGAUGGUGCAAGUGGAACAUCAAGCGGAGGCGGGAAAGGAGGAGCCAGCAGCGGAACAGAUUAUUCUACCGACGGGUAUUCAUCGUCUGCCAGUAAUGGUAAUGCAUAUGGUGAAUACCCUAGUGUCGCCUACCAGCAGCAGCAGCAGCAUCAGCAGCAGCCACAGAAUCUCAUUCCUCAGAAUAUUCCUCAGCAUAUUCAGCAUCAGCCACAAGUAAUUAACAACCAAAAUCCCCCUCCACAUCCUAUCCAUCAAAUACAUCAUGAUGUUCAAUCAUCAUCUAUUGGAGCAUACCCCCCACACCCCCAAUAUCACGCAGCCCCUCUCCAACCCCAGGUCAUGCCCAACGCGCCAUAUGACCACCCAGAUCAAUUAUACUCUGCUGCCGCAAUUCCUCCGCAACAACAGCACCAACAGCACAUGAUGCAGCAUCAGCAGCAGCAGCAGCAGCAGCAGCAAUCUCCCCCCUCAUCUAUGGUGCCCCCAGUCUCGCAGCCUCUUCACCCGGCACCUGUUCAGGUCCAAGCUACCCCAGUGGUGCCAGCUCUUCCUCAAGGGGCCCCAACGAAUAGACAACAACAGGCCCAACAGCAGCAGUACCAACGUAUUGCACGAUUCGUUGGUCCUCCUCCCGUGGCUCUUGCGUGCACGGAGUGUAGGGCCCGCCAUUUGAAGUGUGAUGCAGGCGUUCCGUCCUGUAACCGCUGCCAAACUGACGGAAGGGAAUGCUCUUAUAUCAAGUCACGUCGUGGGUGGAAAGGAACUAGGAGAAAGAAGGCGGCGGCUGCUGCUGCGGCAGCAGCUUCAAAGGAAGAGUCUAAACCUGUUGGCGAUGAGCCCGGGUCUUCAUCAGCGGUGGAGGUAAAGAAGGCCGAGGAGAAACAGGGGAAUGGCAAUAACGAAGCAUCUCCACCUACUCGAGUAGCACCACCAAAAGCCAGUGGAAAAUGCACUUCAUUCAGCAAGAAUCCCCUUCCUUUGGCGAACGCACCCGCGAAUGAUGCCGCCCCAACUGCGGCCGGCACGGUCACUACAAACCCUCUUGAUACUCUCCGGACCUAUCACAAGAACAGCACCACCUUCCCCGCUCCACAGGAACUUCCAGCUCCUGCACCAGCGACUGCCAAUCUGCUACAAAUUUACUAUGCCUACUUCCAUUCAGCACAUCCAUUUAUUUUACCACCAACUCAACUUAUCACAACACCCGCAUCACAACUUAUGGUUUUGCUGCCAGUAAUCCGUUUUGUUGCCUCGUUCUUUGCUCAAAACGCACCUACGGAGACGUUCAGGCAAGAUGCCGAAGCUGCCCUUUUUAACAACCCUCCACGGAAUGCAUUCACAGUGCAAGCACUCCUGCUAUUUGCCAUUGCCCUACACAGCGAUAAUGACCAAGAAAGGUGUGCCGAAGUCAAGGAUAAAGCCAUCGAAUUGGCUCUAGAUCUAGGAAUGAACAUGAGUGAAUUCUCGGAGAGUUCAUAUAACGGAUCACCGGCAGGGAAGGUUUUAGCUGAGAGCUGGAGAAGGACCUGGUGGGAACUUUACUUUCUCGAUGGUCUCCUAGCUGGGUUCCAUCAAAAGGACUCUUUCAAGCUCUGGAGUCUGCCAUGCACCGUCCCGCUACCCUGUGAGGAGAAGGACUAUCACAAAGGAAGUAUUCCAGAGCCAAAAUCAUUGCAAGAGUUCGAUGAUCGUUACUUCGCACUCGAACAAGUAGUCUUUAGCUCUUUUGCUUACCGUGUUGAUGCGGUCCGCAUUCUUGGUCAAGUGUUGGCUGUUGGUCAAGGAAGCGAACAGGAUGACCCUAAGGCUGAUGCCGCUGACGCCAGUCUUGUCAACUGGGGACUUCAUCUGCCGAGUUGCAAGAAGGAGCUGGUUGGAAACGACCGAAGAGUGGACGAGAUGCUUUUCCAGGCCCAUAUGGUCGUCUACGCAGCAACCAUCUAUCUUCAUCGCCCAAAAUCGCACCUUGCCAUCUCAGUAGUUCCCAGCGAUACGUCGUGUACAUCGCCGGAGUCAUGGUCAACAUCCGCUAAACCAAUUGCAAUGCACACUGCAAAAGCAAUUACCGCCGCAAACACAAUUGCCAAACUCGUUACCCUCCCUGCUCCAUUGAUCAAGCAUACGCCAUUUUUCACAUGUGUCAUCACCCUUGCUGCUAUUGUGCAUCUCUCUGCAUGCUCCUGGCUGUUGACGGGUGACGAGGGCUUCCUCGCAAAGGAACGUAUCAGGCUUGGUGUUGGCGCGCUGAAGACACUGGGCGAGGUGUGGAGCGUAGCAGAUUGUGUACUCAUGCAAGUCAAGGGGGUUGCAAGAGAAGUCUUCGCUAUGCAUAUUCCAGAAGGAACGCAAAGAACUGGCAUCAUCACAGCGGAAGAAGUGUUCAGAUACAUUGACGAGGAGAGAACACUGGAGAUUGUGGGCGGCGAUGCGGAUUAUCACGGAAUGCCAGAGUUGGACUGGAACGGGGAGUGGAAUGUUCUUCCUUGA